GGCAAAACAGACAACAAGCAAAAUUGAAAUUCUAGGGUUCAAGUUUGUACGCACGCCACACCCCAUGCCCCCAAAUAUAUAUCCGCAGCAUUCACCUUGCCCAACUCCACCAGCAACUCAGCAAGCAGCUCUCAAACCCUAAGGCGAAAAUGCCUAAGCAAAUCCACGAGAUCAAAGAUUUUCUUCUCACUGCUAGAAGGAAGGAUGCACGGUCUGUGAAGAUCAAGAGGAGCAAAGAUGUGGUUAAGUUCAAGGUUCGCUGCUCCAAGUACCUCUACACUCUGUGUGUCUUUGACUCGGAGAAGGCCGACAAGUUAAAGCAAUCCCUUCCUCCAGGUUUGAGUGUGCAAGACCUGUGAGCUGGGCAUGAGAACUAGUUGCUGAGAACUGUUUUUGUUUCUAUUUAUGCUUGUUUGACAUAAGUUACAAGACUUUUUGGCAAUGUGAUUUGGAUUCAGUAUUCUGCAGAUUCAGAUAUUAGGUUGAUGUGGUUACUUUUACCAGCUAUGGAUAUAUACUAUUGGUUUUCCCAUGUGCCUGUAGUUUUUAUUUGAUUGUUCCAGCUUGCUUAUUUCCUUCGUUGGGUACCUAAACUCGGUCUUUACUGGUUGAUUUGUGAAUUCUUCAUUUUGAAAUAUUGUUAGACCCUAAUCUUCCGACUAUUGCAAAUGUACUAAUAAUGUUACUAUGCAUUGGUGCGACUGUUUUUGAUGUUG